AUCCCCCUCCCUCCCUUCAGGACCAGGGUGAGAAGAAGGAGAACCCCAUGCGUGAGCUUCGCAUCCGCAAGCUCUGCCUGAACAUCUGCGUGGGCGAGAGUGGAGACAGACUGACCCGGGCUGCCAAGGUGCUGGAGCAGCUCACCGGGCAGACCCCCGUCUUCUCCAAGGCUCGCUACACCGUGCGAUCCUUCGGCAUCCGCAGGAAUGAGAAGAUCGCGGUGCACUGCACUGUCCGUGGCGCCAAAGCAGAGGAAAUCCUUGAGAAGGGACUCAAGGUCAGGGAGUACGAGUUGAGGAAGAACAACUUCUCUGACACGGGAAACUUUGGCUUUGGCAUCCAGGAGCAUAUUGACCUGGGGAUCAAGUAUGACCCCAGCAUUGGGAUCUAUGGCCUGGAUUUCUAUGUGGUUCUGGGCAGACCUGGCUUCAGCAUUGCUGACAAGAAGCAGAAAAAUGGCCGCAUUGGAUUCAGGCAUCGCAUCCGCAAGGAGGAGGCCAUGCGCUGGUUCCAGCAGAAGUACGACGGCAUCAUUCUCCCUGGAAAGUAACCGGACCACUUUUUUUUUUGAUCUUGUUUGUAACCAAUAACAAAUAAAUUGGGGGUAAAAAAGCCA